AUGGCCUCCAAAGCCUCCUCAAUUAACGCCGGACCCGGACAGUCUCAAAUUCGCUCUUGCAACACCUGCAAGAGUAAGAAGACGCGAUGCGACAAGAACACACCAUGUUCGUCGUGCGCUUCUUCGGGCAGAACAUGCAUUUACCCACCGGCUGAGAAGCGCGUGAGGCGAACGAAGAAAACAAUCCUGGCUGAGAUGGCUAGCCGCAUUGCAAGUUUAGAGCACAGCCUUGCCGAAGCAACAACGCAUGUGAAUCUGCAUUGCAGCAGCUUCGAGCCAAUCACGACUACGAAGGGGAAAGACUCACCCAAAUACUUACUAAUACAUAAGGACUCUACCGGCCAAUAUCUCAAUGAGAUACUGGUGACCCGAGUUCUUGGUGGGGUACGUUUUGCCAAUACUAAUGAUGGCUGUACUAAUAUGUAUCAGGACGAAAGCAUUGCAACAGCUCUUACGACAUCACAGCACGAGCAAAGACAUCUUCUGACCUCUCCCUUCGAUGCAAUGGGGAUUAUGUCUUCUCCCUGCUAUACCCAGCACCCUUCUGCAUUUCACCCUAGCAAAGCCACUGCCAUCGAGCUUUGGAACAUCUACCUGAAUAACGUUGAGAUUAUCCUCGGACUGAAGUUGACACACAUCCCUACCGAUGAAGUCAGAGUUUACUCAACUAUAGCUGACCCUGCCAGUGCAAAGUUUGAUGAACUUGCAUUUUGCUAUAGUAUCUACUUUGCAGCGGCUGUGUCACUCGAAGAUUCGACAUCGUUCUUCCUGGAUAAGGCUACUGAGCUUCAGCGUUCCAAAAUGGGUAUCGAACAGGCCUUUGCCCACGGAGACUUCUUCAAUCAGCCAACAUUGACUGGUCUACGAGCUUUAGCUAUCUACCUAUCCGCAAUACGUGUUCAUAAUCGAGGGAAAUCUGUUUGGAUUCUUAAUGGUCUAGUCAUUCGAGUAGCUCAAUCUCUUGGACUCCAUAAAGAUGGGACUAAGCUUGGGUUGCUACCUUUUGAGUCGGAACUCCGUCGAAGACUUUGGUGGCAUAUCAUUACCAGAGACAGCCGGUCCGGUGAAGACUUUGGUUUGGAGGACCCCAAUGACCUGCUGUUGACAUCAGAUGUCAAAAUACCCUUGAAUAUCAAUGAUGCGGACAUCUUCCCUGAAAUGGAUGAGUUUCCAGUUGAGCAGACCGAAUGGACCGUCAUGACUUUCUCGUUAAUCAAUGUCGACUUAGCUAAGGCCAUGGAAAGUCUGAAAGCUGGUAAACCCUCGAAUUCAACGCUCAGCAAAGAAGGGAGGGACAAAAUACUUCAAGAUGUGCAUACUAGAGUCAAGACAAGACUCGAGAAGUGCAACCCGAUAACGCCGCACCAACGACUUACGGCUCACUGCGCAAACUAUCUUUUACGAAAGCUCGACUUUGUCACAAACCAACAGUGGCUCUUAUCACAGAAGAGGGAGGUCAAUGACUCCAUACUAAAAGAGGAGACACUUAUAGCCGCGUUGGACAUCCUGGAAGCGAGGACAGCUGGCGGUGAUCCCUUUCUAGCGCAGUUCUCAUGGGCUAAGAAGGUUCAUCCGCAAUACCAUGUGACAUUGUAUGUUCUGUGGUAUUUGUGCUCUAAACCUCAAGGUCUGCACGUCGAACGUGCUUGGCGUGCUUUAGAUAGCAUAUUUGAACAGGAGAUGGCUUUUGACUUCAUUGGCUGUACUGGAGCUAAACCAGCUGUUCUGAAGGCGUUGAAGACAAAAGCCGAAACACUGCGGAAGAAUCUGGACGCACCAACUUCAAGGACUGGAUGUAGCUUAGAGCCUGCUACAUCGACUGAGCUAGAACACAGUGAGGACCCUUUGAAAUUCAUUGAAGGCUUCAACUUCGAUGAAGAGGUUUUUGAAGACGGAGUUCCAUGGUCAUCGUGGACCUUCUUACUUCAGGAACUUCAAGCGGAUCAACCGUUAGUUCAAUAA